AUGAAACGCUCCAAAAAUGACCACAUUCGCUCAACCAUUAGUCGAUAUUUCAAGAGAAGACAGUUUACAGAAAGUGAGAUGCCGUCCAGAAAAGAUUCACGAAGAGAAGAGCCAGUUGGUGACUUGUCAGUUCGAAGGAGAGCACAAUCUCGAACCAGCGUUGAAAAUACUCUGGCACUCAGCAGUAUUUCCGGAGAUGCUACGGCUUGUGACCAGCAGUUUACAAGAAUGAAAGCAUUUAUCAUCAACGCAGUAUCUCCAUAUGGUGCCCAGCUGCAGCCCUUGUUGUUCCCUAUGUUUGCCCAUGUUUUCCUAGAGAUGCUUUGCAAUGGACACAAAGUGCCUGCCCAGAAAUUUUGUGAACGACACUCAGAAACAUUCCAAGAAGACAGGCAUCAAAAUUUCAUCAGAGCCUUGAAGAAACUGGAGUCAAAAAGCCAAGUGAUGGCCAGUAAAGAAGUCACAGAAUUCAGAGAGAAUCGCCAUGUUUUAAAUGUCACACAAGAGGUCCUGGAUUAUCUUAUGAGGCAUUUAAAAACAGAUGAUAAUAUGAUCAUGCUGCAAGUGUUCAAUCAGUAUAUAAAAACCAUUGAAAACGAUUCACAGCUUCACAACGCACUAGAAUUAGAUUCCGUGCUAUUAGAAGCCACUGUAGAGGAAGUUCAGCCAGCUCCGUCCAUACAGCCGGCAGAUCCCCAAGAGGAAAGCCUUUCCAUUGAGGAAGAGUUGUCUGCAGCUAUCAAAGCUCUUAGAGACCUGCCUCCAUGUCUGCCAUCCAUUUGUUUUUUUACAUUUCUUAAUACUUAUCAAGGAUUAUGCACAGCCACUAUUUCUCAAGACAAGAGGAAGUUGAGUGGAUGUUUUGAAGAUUCCACCAUCUCUGUGUGGAACCUGGAGCCGGAUGUUGUGACGAGAUCUCCUGCAGACUGUGAUAUUAGCAGAGUUUUUCUGGCUGCGGAUUACCUUCAUUGUACAGAAGAUGAGAUUAAAGAUAAAAUGAAUCAGAGAGCAAAAGAAAGUACUGAAACUGUCAAAUUAGUUGGCCAUAGAGGCCCUGUCUACAGGACAAAGUUCUUAGCAGACCCUUCCACACAUCUGCUGUCUUGUUCAGAAGAUUCUACAGUGCGUUUGUGGGACCUGCAGACACAAACAAAUGCAGUCAUUUAUAAAGGUCAUUCGUCCCCCGUAUGGGACUUGAACGUGAGUUCAACAUACUCAUGGUUUGCCAGCUGUUCUCAUGAUACAACAGCCAAACUGUGGACAUUUGAAAGAACUUACCCCUUACGAUCCUACAUUGGGCACACAAUGGAUGUUGAUUGUGUAGAGUUUCACCCAAAUAACAAUUACCUAGCCACAGGGUCUGGAGACAAGACGGUUCGGUUUUGGAGUUUGUCAGAGGGUCGCACCGUCCGCCUGCUGCAGGGUCACAGAGGGUCAGUUUUGGCACUCGCCUUCUCUCCAGAUGGGAAGCUGUUAGCGUCUGCUGGUGAGGACAGAAGAGUGAGGGUUUGGGACCUGGGCACAGGCCACGCCAUCAAGGACCUCCGUGGGCACAGUGAUACGGUUUAUGCCCUGGCUUUCAACGAAGACAGCUCCCUGCUGGCCUCCGGUGGUGGGGAUUGUUGUAUACGGCUGUGGGAUGUUAAAAAGACAGUCGAACCCCACCAAAGUGAAAGCCACUCCUCGCCAGAGCUACUUGGAGCUUUCCCAACCAAAUCUGCAUUAAUCUCCUACCUCGGUUUCUCGCCGUUCAACAUUCUGCUUGCUGCUGGGGCCAGUUCUUGA